AUGGAUAUCGAUCCCUACGCCGUUCUGGCUGUCCCUAAAGACGCCACCUUACCCGAAAUCAAGUCGGCCCAUCGAAAACUCGUGUUGAAAUGCCAUCCCGACAAAAUCAAAGAUGAAUCCCUGCGCAAUGAAGCCCAGGAUCAAUUCCAACGAGUCCAGCAAGCCUACGAACUGCUCUGCGAUCCCGCCCGCAGAACCAAAUAUGACCAAAAGGUCCGCUUGGCCGAGUUGCGUCGCGAGAUGAAGGACCAGCAGCACCCAUAUGCCUCGCCCCGUGCUGGUGGCAAUGUCCGUGAAUAUCGCGAUGGUCGAAUCUACGAAGAGCGCAUGCCGGCUGAUGCGUAUUUUGAUGAUGGAUUCUAUCACUCUCCCGAUGAGCAACCUCCUCGGGGCACUUCUCGCAAGCACGAUGACUAUGGUCGGAGGCCUCGUGCAGAGGAGAGAAGGAAACCUAGACCAACGACUACCACCAGCAGUCCGUUCAAUCCCUUCCGCGCUGCCAAAGAGGCCGCUGCUCGUGAUAGUACAAAGACGUCCCAUUCCACUCGGGACAAGUCCCGAACCAAGGAACGCCGACGGGAAGCUUACGAGAAAUAUGAAAAUGUCUAUGUCGACUCGGAUGCCUCGGGUUACGAUUCAGAGCCCUCGCGAACUUACAUGCGACCGUCAGAAUCGAGGAGAGCCAGUCCGGACAAACGGUCGGCUUCCUCUCCUCACAAGCCCAGGAGUAGUAGUACUCAUCCUGCGACCGAAUCGCGACGAUUCCAGGCUGAGGUGGUGGAGGAAGAGGACGAGGAGGACUCGGAUCAAUACGAGACCAAGCACGACAAAUUGCAUACCACCGCUCGCGACUAUAUCAUGCGCUCCAAGGGCAACGCGCCCAUCGAGAUCGACUCCCGUCAGCGUUCUUCCCGCUCGCCACAGCGACCGCGCGAGUACACUGAACCCCCAGCGUCGGAUUCGGCACGCUCGAGCGCAACUCCCCGAGCCAAACAUAGCAGUCGCGAAAGCGUGCGACAAUCUUCGUCGCGGAAUAGCUCCUACGAGCAUCUGGAGCCGUCGACUGCCCAUCCACCACCACCGCGGACCCAUUAUGAGAGUUUCAAGGUCCCCUCUAUGCCCACCGCGGCCACAUCGCCAGCAGCGAAAGCUGCCUCGUCUGCAACUCGACCAACUCUGCAGCCCUCCCGGUCGGCUACCACAGCAGCCGCAUACUCUCGAUCCGCCUCGAAACGUGAUUCUGCCAAUUUCCUCGUGAACAUGGUCUACGCCGACGGCACCUCGCGAUCAUCCAGAGUCCGCAGCACAGACCGCUAUGACUCGGGAUACUCCAGCCCCGGCACUCCAGACAUGCACGGUACCAGUCCACCCAAGACCUCAACCCGCUACAAGAUCAUCACCGAACCAGAACUCCUCCGCGAGGUCCCGCCUACUCCACCAAUGGCUUCGACCUCAUCGCGCUACCAACACGGCUACUCCCCAUCUCGUCCUCAUCCUCAUUCUCACCACUCUCACACUCACCCCAUCGCUACCCCGGAACGUCCCUCUUUCUCCAUGAGAGCAGCCGCAACGCCCAAUCGAAGCCACACGACCUACGCGCCGGAAUCGCGCGGCCCGCGGCCAAUGUCGGCUUCCCGUCCGUUAUUCGGACAGGUUGGAUCCAAGGAGAAGCCAGACGUCAAGUAUGCUCGCGAGUACGGACCAGAUGACGUGGUUUACACCGCGCGCGAUCCGUACACUCAUCAUCACGGCCCGCCUAGGGCUUACUCGUACGAUGAUUAUCGGCAGACGGCGUCGAGACGUCAAUCGGCGUAUGCGUAG